AUGGGAAACGGAGCCAGAGCCCAGCAAAAGCGCGAGCGCAACGCGACCGGAGGCAAGACUGCUGCCAAGUCGCAGACUAAGAGCAACGAGAAGGCCAUGAGCAUCAUCUGCCAGGUCUGCAGGCAGACUUUCCUGCAGACCACGAAGGCCCCCGCUCUCCUUGAGCACGCCGAGAACAAGCACAAGAAGGGUCUCGCUGAUUGCUUCCCCGGCGUCGUCACUGCAUAA